GCUUCUUCGCGGCAAUAUUGCUCGCUCGAUCACAGCUGGUACCGUGUAAACGUGUUCGUCCUUUUCGUUGCAGGUUGAACGACAGCUGCAAAAAUUCCGCUCAUUGAUCAUUCGUAUGUGUCGACUGUCGAUCGUGGAUCUCGUGACAGAAAUUCGCGAUUUAAUUGGAAAACAUCGGCGCCCAUAUUGCAGCGGAAACCCGAUGGUCCAGUGAAAUUUUAAGGAAGUGAUCAUCGGUAGCUAGACACGUCGAGCGAUCUUUAGAAUAAUCGUUGACGCGAUACUUGGAGCAGAACAGAGGAGGCUGAGGAUGCCAGAGGCGGAAGCAAAAACGUAGAAAUCGCGUCGCACCGGCUACGAGGAUCCGAUUGAUCGAGAUCGCGCGCAUCCGCAGGCUCUGAAUAGCGAUGCGGUUGCAUUCCACGGCAACGAUAGUUCCGCAUAAUCACUGACACUCUGCAAGAUGCGAAGCGAGGUAGGAGAAUGGCUGCCCACCUGCGUAGGUUCUCCGAUAUGCAUCCUGCUGCUAUCCUGGUCGCUUCUGAUCUAUCAGAACCAGCCAUCGUCGGCGAAGAGGAAGGUCGACGUGUUCACGGUAGCCAUCCUCUCGCAGAGUUUGGUCCACCAGCUGGGACUGCUGUUCUACGCCAUUCUUACGCUCAUUCGACCAAGUAAUCACUUCGGAGAAUUCUGCUCGACCCUGGUUUGGAUACUAAACUCGUCCAGCAUCCUGCAGGAGCUCACCCUGACUUCGAUCGCGAUCUUCACCGCGAUCAGCAUCGGGGACGAGGCUGCGAAUCUCACGAAGAAUCACCUGAAGUAUCACCUGGUCAGUCUGAGCGUGAUCAGCGCCUGCGUUGGUGUCACUGGCGUCCUCAAUUUCGAGCCGGAUCACUGCGUCUUUCUGGCUCAAGAGAUCUCCCUGAAAUAUGGAGUCUUUGUCAACUCUCUGCGAUGUCUCUUGGUAGCGACGUCCGUGAUCAGUGUGCUGACAGCUUUGAUCAGGACCAUCUGUCGCACGCCAAAGGCCGAGCUCUUGAAGUCGGUGUCGGAUCUGUCGGAGACCAGCUCGAAAAACUCUUCCGGGGCGUUCGAGUGUCACCCUCAGCACUGGGAUCCCUCCAGUGGAUCCUGCACCAGUGGAUCCACCAAUAGCAGAGCUUGUCUGAGGAAGAAGAGGGUCCAGAUCGACGAAGCCAGUGGAAAAUCGACCAUCUACAGUAUUCUCUUCGCCUGCUACGUUUUCCAGUACCUACCGAUUCUGGUCAUAUCCAUCAAGCCGGGUCUCCUGAGGGACUUCUGUACGCCCCAGAAUCUGGCGACUUGGCUACCUCUGGUAAAGGACACCCUCUUGCCGGUGUUCCUCGCGCUCUUCGACAAAAUGUUCUGCCGCUACGUGGCGAAGGUGUACACGAAGCAGGAUCACGCGAGGAGAUUGUCUCACGGCGGCAUCGACGGCAAGUUUCGUCACUUCGAGCAGGACGCCGAGUAUAAGCUGCAGUUGAACCUGAACCACGGUCUGAAGUUCCCCUUGACUAACGGAAGCCUCUACGGCCGGUUGCACAAUCAUCAGAACAGAGGCAAGACUGGCACUAUCACGAUGGGAAUACAGCACUAUCCCAGACCGCAGUCCGUUAACGAGGAUAAUAAUUACGCUUCUCUCCCCGCGGAGCUGUCUUCCUUCACCAGCUCGACUUUCGAGCCGCGACAAGAUGCGAACGUAGUCGAAGCCACGAAGAAGAACAUCGCGGAGCAGCAGAACAAGCGUCCGAGGCCGAACGAGAAUUUUCAGGAACUACCGGGCAGUCGUCGGAAGAUCGGCAGUACCGACGUGUUUGGUCAGAACAUGGAAAACCUGGUCCAGCUGGAUGACCCCUGCAGCAAACGGAAAUUCACCAAGAGCCUGGACGAGAUUCGAGAGGAACCACCGAGGAGGCACGCGAGGAGCGCACUUGGCUUGGAGAAUUUGAUCAUUGGCUUGGAUAACAGUCUCCAGGAGGAACCACGAUAUCCCAGGAUCGCUCUCCGGAGAAACCAGAGCUUCGAUCAUGCUAGAUGCCAAUCGUACCAUCGACCAGGGCUCGACUCUAGGACGUACGACUCGAAGAAGCAGGAUCAGAGGAAGGAGCAAGAGAACACGCAAAGACAGGAGAGCCAAGAGGAAGUCGAUGGUUAUGAAACGUCCGACGACGAGAGCUGCGACCUCGAGAACGGAGAUUUCGAUACUAUGAGCUCCUGCAGGAGUCGAAGCAGGAGCUGCUGCUCGGUUACCACCGUGGCUAACGAUGAUUUCGAAUACUUCCAACGUAAGGGAACUAAGGUGGAGCUGCUGCCCUCGAAGAGAGCUGGCGAGGUAAAGGUCAACAUGCGAUCUUUCACGCCGAGGAUCAUCGAGAACGGGACAGAAGAGAGGAGGAGCAAUCUGGUAGACACGAAGCCGAGUAUACAGUCGUACCAUUUGAAGAAGACGAGAAUAGGGCCCGGUUACUCGAUGAACGAUCUCGACAAGCUGACCAUGGAUCGGAAACUGCCAAAUCUGUCGAUCGAGAGCCUGAAGAGCACCCUGAAGAACUCGGACGUCAGUUACCUGGACAACGGGGACAUCUGCAGGCACGACAUUGGCGGCUCCGCGCCCGAUUUUAAAAAGAUUUUCGUUACCGAAUUUAUAUGAUGUCCUCGGGAGUAGAAUUCUUUUGAAAGUUCUCUGGAAAAGAUAGUCGUUUUAACGUCGAGAGUGAUCUCCGACGAGAGGAGAAAUUAGGACGGGAAGACAAUGGGGUGUGGAGACUGGUAUGGGAGGAUUGUACAAAGUGUUCAUUGUAAUAUAAGCAAAUAUUUUCUCUUAAGAAACUAGGGUGUAUCUUGUAUAGGUAGAGAGCGAGUCAAUUCUGAGGCGACAGACAGGAGUUUACGAAAGCAAUGAAAAGACUGUACGAAGUGUUCUUUCGAAAUAAAACGUAAUUGCUCGUAGAAAAAUUAGGACCGAUGUUGCAUUAGACGCGUUUCAGCUUACGCGUGGACGAAUCGAUUUUGUAAAACGUAGGCGCAAGAUUUUCUCGUACGAGCGACUCGUUAAGACUGUGCGAAACGUUUCUUCUUCGAAGAAAGCACGGAUCGAUCCUCGUGGAGAAAUCGCGAGGUAAUCUGCUGCAGUUCCUCUAUGUCUGAGAUCUAGAAAAUUAUAUAACAGCUACGCGGAAGCAGACGGAUUGGAAAGUUCGUAAGAAUGCAGCCAAUCCGGUUAAAGAAGUUAAUUAAUUCAAUUGUCGGCUUUUCGUUUUCUCAUUUGAUAGCGAUCGGUUUAUCGGGGUAACUCGAUCAAGGUGCUAAGUGCUCUCAUAAUCGCCGACAGCUUAACUAUGGCGAGUUAGAAUUCGAUUAAGAAAUGCAUGGAAACGUAGGAUACGAGAAAACGGGCGGAUAAUAAAAUUCAGAAAAGGGAAAAACUGGUUGGAAACGGUGAUUCUGCGUUUUUAAUCGAACGAUACAUCGCGUUAUGUCAUCUGCCUAUAAAUCACGAUCGGUUGACGUAAUAAGUUAUGGGUCUGGAAUCGAAAUUGCAACGAGGCUGAGUUAUGAUCCGCGUAGGUACGAGACGAGGUCUAAACAGGAAUGCGAAUGGUGUAGAGUAUGUGUAAAAUAUGUGCUCCCAUUGUUUUCACAAUCCCGUAUUGGCUGUUCGUUAUGCAAGUGAGACAUUUUGGAGAAUCUAUUCACGCCUCCGAUUAUUGUAUGGAGAUCGUUUUGUAUAUAUCUUGUACAUUUGUACGGUACUAUUUAAUUCAUUAAAUAUACAUGCGUGCGUGGCAACACGUGUGAUCGCAGGUGCGUCCAUCCUGUUCAAUUCCCUGGCGGUCGAUACAGAGAAUAAUCA